AUGACAUGCAAUGCUUCUGUAUAUCUGCGUCAGAGUGAGACGCACUCAAGGUGCCCAAAGACACACUCAAGGUGCCCAAAGACACACUCAAGGUGCCCAAAGACACACUCAAGGUGCCCAAAGACACACUCAAGGUGCCCAAAGACACACUCAAGGUGCCCAGACACACUCAAGGUGCCCAAAGACACACUCAAGGUGCCCAAAGACACACUCAAGGUGGCCAAAGACACACUCAAGGUGCCCAAAGACACACUCAAGGUGCCCAAAGACAUUCUCAAGGUGCCCAAUGACACACUUAAGGUGCCCAAAGACACACUCAAGGUGCCCAAAGACACACUCAAGGUGCCCAAAGACACACUCAAGGUGCCCAAAGACACACUCAAGGUGCCCAAAGACACACUCAAGGUGCCCAAAGACACACUCAAGGUGCCCAAAGACACACUCAAGGUACCCAAAGACACACUCAAGGUGCCCAAAGACACACUCAAGGUGCCCAAAGACACACUCAAGGUACCCAAAGACACACUCAAGGUGCCCAAAGACACACUCAAGGUGCCCAAAGACACACUCAAGGUGCCCAAAGACACACUCAAGGUGCCCAAAGACACACUCAAGGUACCCAAAGACACACUCAAGGUGCCCAAAGACACACUCAAAGGUGCCCAAUGA